AUGGUCGAAAUGAGCUACCUGAGGAUAUUCUUGGCGCUGCUUGCCGUAGGCUGCACCGGAAUUGCUGGAGAAGGCAGCGCCCCGGGAGAGCAGUCGGUGGCGACGGAGCAGGAACGAGCCGUCGAGCAGAGUCAACCGGCGGCCGGUGAACCCGUUGGCGUUCAGCAGGGUGGAGGAGACAAGAAGAACGCCAAGCGUCAUCUUUCGUUCGGUUUCGGACACGGCUAUGGCGGCGGGUUUUCGGCCGGAGUAGGUUACGGAUCGAGCGCCGGAGUUGGUUACGGGUCGAGUGUUGGAGUAGGCCUCGGCUCCGGUAUUGGCUAUGAUGGUGGUUACGGUGGAUACGGUGGAAGUUAUGGAGGUGGCUACGGUGGUGGUUAUGGAUACGGAGGAGGUUUUGGAUAUGGUACCAGUGGCCGAUUCCGGGGCUACGGUGGAUACGGAUCGUACGGCGGUGGUUACGGUGGUGGUUACGGUGGUGGAUACGGUGGAGGAUAUGGUGCCGGGUCCGUCGGUGGCUUCCAUGGGUUUCACUCACACUACGCCAGACCGAUCGUAACGGCCACCAUUAAGGAGCACAUCCCGAUCGCCAUCCCCAAACCGUACCCGGUGUUUGUGCGCAAAAACAUUCCCGUACCCGUGCCGAUCCACAAACCGAUUCCGUAUCCGGUGAUCGUGAAGAAAACGAUCCCCAUCCCGAUCGAUCGGCCCGUUCCGGUGGUGGUGCCGCAUGCCGUGCCCGUUCCCAUCACCAAACACGUCGCCGUCCCGGUACCACAGCCUUACCCGGUAUCCGUACCGCAUCCGGUGCCGGUCAAAAUCCCCACCCCGGUCGUCGUGGCUAAACCCGUCGUCGCCUACUCGCCGCUCGUGAGCUCGCCGGCCAUCGUCAGCACGCCGAUCGUCAGUACGCCCAUUAUCAGCACACCGAUCGUAACCAGCGCCGGACACAUUUCCGUCACUGACCACGGCGUACACCAGACGCACCACUCGCACAACCAUUACGCGUCCGCCGGUGGGGCGUACAAGGCAUACACUUCCGGUGCCGCUGGACUGUACGCGGGAGCUGGCGCCCAUCACUACGGGGGUAUUGCCGGCGGUCACUUCGGAGGGCAUCAAUACGGACUGAGCGGUGGGAGCGGGGUGCAUUACGGGGCCAGUGGAUCGUACGGUGGAGCGGGACACUAUGGUGGGCACUAUGGAGCUGGGGUGGGACAUUAUGGAUCGGGCCAUCUGAGUGCCGGAGUGUUGUGCGAUCACUAG